CCAGUGCCUUGAGCGAAAAAUCCGUAUUGACUAUUGCGCUCAUGGUCAGUCAUCUUUGAAAGCCCUGAAAGGUUUCCGAGCUCCGGCCUCUGCCAUUGGAGCUGGAAAUUUGAUCCAACGACUCCAACUUCUGCAACUCCACUACCAUUGGAGCAUGAAACUAAGCUCUCCUUGUUGUAAGAAAAUGAAGCUCCCUAGUCCUUCCCUUGCCCAAAACUAUAAUAUCCGGAAAAGAACGAGAAACCUCUGCUACUCGUCAAGCAGGAGAUCUACCGGAGACGAGGAGGAGGAAGAAGGGUUCGUAAGAAUUUUGAGGGACAUUGUAGUCGGGAGGGAUAGCUGGAAAAUCUCUUUCAACGACAGUUUCAUCUCACACAGGUUAAAGCCUCGCCAUGUCGAAAAGGUUUUGAUGCAAACCAUUGAUGAUGCCAGGUUAGCCCUUAGGUUCUUCAAUUUCCUUGGUCUCCACAAAAAUUUUCAUCACUCCAAGCUCUCUUUUUGUAUCGUAAUUCAUGCUUUGGUUCACUCUAAUCUCUAUUGGCCUGCGUGUUUGGUUCUGCAAACUCUUUUGCUUCGUCACCCGACUCCUAUGGAAGUUUUCGAAUCCUUGAUGAAUGCAUACGAACAAUGCCGGUUUUCUUCCAGUCUAGGGUUUGAUUUAUUGAUUCAAGAGUGUGUCCAGAACAAAAGAAUUCUGGAUGCUGUUGCGAUCGUUAAGCUUAUGAAGCAGCACAGAUUGCUGCCUGAGGUUAGGACUUUCAGCGCAGUAUUGAAUGGGUUGGUUAGAAUUAGGCGUUUUGAUAUCGUUCUGGAUAUAUUUGGUGAGAUCUUAAGGUCUGGUGUUCGUCCGGAUUUUUAUGUUUACGCGGCGGUGGUUCGGAGCUUUUGUGAAUUGAAGGAUUUUUCUGGGGCUAGGAAUGUAAUUCAUCACAUGGAAUCCGAUGGGAGUAAUCUGAGCACCGUGACCUAUAAUGUCCUGAUCCAUGGUCUCUGCAAGAACCAGAAAGUAUGGGAGGCUGUUGAGGUGAAGAAUUCGCUGAGCCACAAAGGAUUGCAAGCUGACACUGUCACUUACUGUACCCUAAUUCUUGGCCUUUGCAAGGUGGAAGAAAUUGGAGUGGCUUCAGCAAUGAUGGAUGAAUUGCUUGAAUUAGGAUUUGUUCCCAGUGAAGCUGCUUGCUCCUGUCUGGUUGAUGCGUUGAGGAGAAAGGGGAAUAUUGCAGAGUCUUUUGCUCUGGUUGAGAAGCUGGGAAAGUUGGGAAUUAUAACCAGUUUGUUUGCCUACAAUGCCUUGAUCAACUCUUUAUGCAAAGAUGGGAAGCCGGACGAAGCAGAGUCACUUUUUACCAAGAUGGGUGAAAAUGGUUUGUUUCCCAAUGAUGUUACUUACUCGAUAAUGAUUGACUCUUUCUGCAAAAGAGGGAAACUGGAUGCUGCACUCUGUCUGUUUGAUAGAAUGACAAAGGCAGGUAUAAGAGCAACUGUAUAUCCAUACAAUUCUCUGAUUAGUGAAUACUGUAAGAUGGGAAACUUGAAGAAGGCAGGGUAUGUUUUCGAUGAAAUGAUUAGCAAGGGACUGCCACCAACUGUUGUGACUUACACAUCAUUGAUAAGUGGGCAUUGCAGGGAAGGUUGUCUACAUGAAGCUUUUAAGCUUUACUAUGAAAUGUCUGAGAGAGGCAUCUCACCAAACAUUUACACGUUCACUGCACUCAUUGGUGGUCUUUGCCAAGCAAACUUGAUGGUCGAAGCGAACAAGUUGUUCAUUGAAAUGUUGGAACAGAAUGUAACCCCUAAUGAAGUAACUUACAAUGUAUUGAUUGAUGGUCACUGCAAGGAUGGUGAUACAGUAAGAGCCUUUGAACUUCUUGAUGAGAUGAUUGGGAAGGGUCUAACACCAGAUACAUACACCUACAGGCCUCUAAUAAGUGGUCUUUGUUUGACAGGCAGAGUGUCUGAAGCCAAAGAAUUUGUCGAUGACCUUCAGAGAGAAAACUCUAGACUUAAUGUGAUAUGUUAUAGUCCACUUUUACGGGGAUAUUGUGAACAAGGAAGGAUACAGGAUGCCUUUGAUGCUUGUAAAAAAAUGGUGGAAACAGGAAUUGACAUGGAUCUUGUUUGCUACGGUGUGCUUAUUCAUGGUGUUCUAAAACAGCAUGAUAUGGCAAGAUUAUCUGGGCUACUUAGUGAAAUCUGUGAUCAAGGUUUGAGGCCUGAUGAGGUAAUUUAUUCCAGCAUGGUAGAUAUGUAUUGCAAACAAGGAAACCUUGUGAAGGCCUUUGAGCUUUGGGAUAAGAUGGCUGGUGAAGGGUGCCUUCCAAAUAUUGUAACAUACACGAUUCUGAUAAAUGGAUUGUGUAAAGCAGGGUUUGUGGAUAAAGCGGAGCUGCUUUGUAAGGAAAUGCUGGCUAGGAAUUUGCUUCCAAAUCAAAUCACUUAUGGUUGUUUCCUUGACUACCUCACAAAGGAGGGAGAUAUGGAGAAAGCUGUGCAGCUACAUAAAGCAUUAGUUGAAGGGUUUUUAGCUAACACCGUGACUUAUAAUAUACUUAUACGAGGUUUCAGUAAAUUAGGUAGAACUCAAGAUGCUGGUGAGAUCCUUAUUGAAAUGGUAGGCAAUGGUAUUUCUCCAGAUUGCAUUAGUUACUCUACAAUUAUUUAUGAUUGCUGCAGACGGGGUGAUUUGCAGGAAGCUAUAAAGCUGUGGGAUUCGAUGCUGCAUAAGGGGUUGGAGCCAGAUACUUUGGCAUACAAUUUUUUGAUAUAUGGGUGCUGUAUUAAUGGAGAAUUAACUAGGGCUUUGGAAUUACGUGAUGUCAUGUUGAGAAGGCGUGUGAAACCAAAUUGGGUAACAUACAAUGCUCUCAUUCAUGGAACCUGCUUGAUGAGUUCUUUCUCAUUCCCAAUAAUGAAAGUUUCGUAAGGGGACUGGAGCAGGCUACCAUGAAACAAAGAUCUUCUUUCUAAAGAGAUUCGAUUUGAUUCGGAACUAUUAUAUGUCCAAGGUACAUCGCAUGUUAGUGAUGUUUGGAAGGCCAGAAAUAGCAUUUCCAUUUCAUAUCAAGAAGCAAAAAUGGAUGGAAUAUUUUCCAAACUUAAAGUUGUUGAAGAUCUUAGUUAUAGUGGUUGGUAUGCCACUUGAACACAGAGCUAGCUGGUUCUCCUUGAAAUGCGUUGAGGCGCAGCAGUUGACUAGGCAUCCAGCGGUGAAUCAUAUUUCAACCAGUAAGCAGUGAUUUGGACCAGGCCCACCAUCGCCUUAUGUCCCAGACUCAGAGUUACUUCAGUAUCAAGACUAACCAUUUUUAUUGUCUUUUGAUGGGCACAAGGUGCACCAGACAUGGUUUUGCAUGACAACUGUAACUAAAGUUCAUGGAAUUGAAGGCCUGAAGAACUUAUCGUCUUCAUUGUUUUCAAGAUACGAAGAGAAGCAAAAACAAAUUUUGGCAGAAAAGCUUUGGGAGCCCAUUGAAAGUUACAUGAUUUUACAUGCAAGCCAUUCCUGCUAUUGAGUGCCAGUAUGUAGUCUAUCAUUUUGACUUCAUGAUGGAAGAGAACCGCCGGAAGAGCAGGAUUUUCUUGAUCACCUGGUCUCCUGAAACUUCAAGGGUGAGAGAAAUGAUUUGUGCCAGUUCCAGGGACAACUUCAACUAUUCAAGAGAGACUGGAACUGAUCCUACUGAGAUGGCCUUGAUGUUAUUAGAAGCCACGGCAGCUAGGUAUGCAUAGUAGACUUCACAAUGGAGAUUUUCUCCUACCGUCUGCUUUGCUCAGGUGAAAUGUUUAUGGUUUGUGAGGAGUGGAUUUCAUUCAGGUGAAAUGUUGGUCUGUGAGGGGUGGUUGAGAAAAUUGAAAGUAUGAUUUUGCUGAUGUGAAUGUAGAGGACAAUAGCAUUCUCCGUUUAAGCAUGGUAUUUCUAACUAAUGUUAAUGUUACACUUCGGAGUUCAAAUGAGGGUUUGAUGAGUUAUCCACAGGUUGACUUCAUUGCAUGGUAAAAGCUCAGACAUCCUCCAUGCUCCCACAUGUGCCUGUUGGUUACUCUUUCUUGGAUGAUACUAAGAUUAUUGCUUUGAAUUGUCUCCGAAUUGGUGUUAA